AUGAGAAAAUUCAAUGAUUUUCUUUCUUUCUUUCUUUCUUUCUUUCUUUCUUUCUAUUUAUCUAUCUCAGUCUGUUCGUAUCUAUCUAUCUAUCUAUCUAUCUAUCUAUCUAUCUAUCUAUCUAUCUAUCUAUCUAUCUAUCUCAUACAUGUGCUCUCGACCAGAGAAGACUUUGAAAUUAUGGGCGACGGGGAAGAAAUGUAUGCAAAAAUGCAGAAGCUAACAGAGACUUACCGAAAUCAUGGAAUGUUCAUAAUGCAGAUGGGAAUGGAACCUUUGCUAAUUAUUUUUCGGGCUGAAUAUAUGCAAAAAAUUCUUGGCAGUAGCAAACAUCUUGAUAAGAAUAGGGGGUAUGAAUUUAUACAUCCGUGGCUGCGAUUUGGGCUAAUUACAAGUACUGGGGAAAAAUGGGCAAAACGGAGAAAGAUGUUGACACCUUCCUUUCAUUAUAACAUUCUGAUUGAUUUUAUAGUGAUAUUCAAUGAGCAAGCAUUAAUCAUGUGUGAGAAACUAGAAAAACAUAUUGGACAAGAAGAGUUUAAUAUCUCUCCGUAUAUCACGCAUUGUGCUUUGGAUAUCAUCUGUGAAACAGCCAUGGGGAAACAUCUAAAUACACAGAAUGACUCGAGUUCCCAAUAUGUAAAAGCUUUACAUCAUGUUUGCGAGAUCACAAUGCAGCGCCAGAAAUCACCAUGGAUGUGGCCGAAUUUCCUCUUUUAUUUUUUCGGAGAUGGCCGCAAAUUCGACAGGUACCUUAAAAUUCUUCACGGAUUUACAAAGAGUGUUAUUGAAAACCGCCAAAAAGAAUAUAAUGAAAACGAGGCAAAGACAAUGGAGGAAGAAGUAGAUGAUGCUGACGAAUCAAAUUUUUAUAUGAAGAAAAAAAGACGUGCAUUUUUGGAUAUGUUACUUUACAACUGGCAUCGAGGUGAAUUGACGACAGAAGAUAUGCAGGAGGAAGUUGAUACAUUCAUGUUUGCGGGACAUGAUACAACAUCAGUUGGUAUGAUUUUACAAAAAGUUAACCAGGAAAUCGAUGAUGUCUUUGGUGAUUCCAACAGACCGGCCUCACCGGAAGAUCUGAAGAAAUUGGAUUAUUUAGGGAUGGCUUUGAAGGAGACUAUGAGAAUCUACCCGUCGGUGCCAUUGAUUGGAAGAAAAACAACGGAUGAUCUUGAAAUCGAUGAUUACAAAAUCCCCCCAAACCACUGGCUUACUUUGUUCAUUGGUAGUCUACACAGAGAUCCACAAUAUUUUCCGGAUCCAUUGAUUUACAACCCGGAUCGAUUUCUACCAGAAAAUGUCAAAAAAAGACAUGCCUAUUCAUUCAUACCAUUCUCAGCUGGUCGAAGGAAUUGCAUUGGUCAGAAGUUUGCGAUAGCGGAAGAGAAGAUUAUAUUGUCUUGGAUUUUCCGAAGAUUUCAGGUGGAGACGACACAGGCAGAAACAGACAUUCACCCAGAAAUGGGUCUGGUGUUGAGACCAAAGUAUGGCAUCAAAGUUAAAUUGACAAAGCGCGAAUGA